UGAGGUCACGUGACCAAUAACCGUGUAGCUGUUAGAUCUGUGUAGCUGCUGUGAUGUCACGUUGUGAUGUCACCGCUGUUUGCACCGUGAUGUGAGCUGCAGCAGAGGGAGGAGGGGCUUUAUGUGACCUCUGACCUAUCUGCUUUCUUAUUAGAAUUCCAUCAGAAGUGAUCAGGAAGUCAAGAAGCUGUGUGACAUCAUCAGGAGGUGGCGAUGUCACAGCGUGACGUCAUCGACUUCUCUGCGUUGGAGAGAGAGCUGCAGGUGGCGGUCGAGUCUGAGCGGCGACAUCAGCGUGAGAACGACGCCAAGCUGAGAGCCGUCAGCCAGAGAGCGUCCUACGACCAGUUCAGAGACCUGGUCCUGGCCUGCCACAUGAAGCCUCUGGAGAAGAAAGAUAAAGAUAGCGCACCGCGGAAACAGCCCUGGAACCCCGUUGCCCGGAGCAACAAGUGAUGUCCGCUCACCUGGACCAGCUUGGACCGACACGCUGUAACCCACAGAGUCUUUGAUGUUCUGAUGUCAGAACAUGUGACACAUGAUGAAAGCUGUAAACAGGAAAUGAGAUCAGAUGUAACAGUUCAUCAUUUUCUAAUAAACAUGAAGAACGCGAA